AUGUGCGGAAAAAGCAAUGCAAAGGAUUUUGUUCCGUACGUGAUGCAUCGGAAAGGCACGGAACCACUUUGUAGUGGCGUGAUGUUGAGUAGCAAAGUUAUUUUGACGACAGCCCGAUGCGUUUAUGAUACUUCAAUUUGGGAUUUAGCUGUGAAAAUCGAACACAAAGGACUUGAACAAGAAAAUUUCAAAUUAAUUCGAAAGAUGGUUCAUAGUAACUUCAAACCGGAAGACGGACAAUAUUCACAUGAUGUCGCCCUUUUAGUCUUGGAUAAAGAACUCAAAACCAUCACAAACGGCGAUUAUAUGUGCUUACCAUCCUCUAAUGCUCAUUCCGAAUCAUGCUACUUCCGUCACACUCCUAGUCAAUCCCCGAUAAAAGUCUUUCCAACAACAAAUUGUGAUAAAAAUCUGCAAUUAUCGGAUUUUCAAACGAAUUUAUACUUAAAUAAUGGAAGUUUUUGUGCUGUUUCGUCCUAUUCUGACACCAUAAGUCCCUUAUUAGGUGCCCAACCGCUCACUUGUAUCCCAAAUUUAUCCAGAAAUUCGGUGAAAGUCUCGAAAAAAGAACACAUCGCAGGACUUUUAACUCGAUUUUGGCCUAAAACACGAGAAACUGAUGCAACUUUCGCUUUUGUUGAUGUCUCCAAGUACGUGGAUUGGAUAAAUUUACAGAUGAAUAAACUUUACUCCUAA